AUGGCCCUGCUUCCCUCCCAUUGCCUCAUCUAUGGGAAGCUGCCCUGCCCUGGCAUCUGGACAGCCCCUGGCAGCCCCUGGGGUGGGAAGCCGUGGGCAAGUUCUGCAGACCCUCCACCACGCAUGCUGACCAGGGCCUGCUCCCCCUCGGACAGGGCAGCUGGCGAUCCUUUCCGGUUCCAGAGGGUGGGAAACAGUGCAGCUUCCCGGGGCAAGGGUGGACCCAUGGGCAGGAGAGAGAGCCUGGGGAGAGCGAGCCCGGGGCCACUGCUGGCUAUAGACGUUCAGGUGGCCGGCAUCCCUUGUAGCCGGUUUGCAGGGUGGAGGGAGAGCCCGGGGCCAGGGCUGGCUGUGGACGUUCAGGAAAUUCAUCUGGAGGCUACGCAGGCCCCAGCGAAGUCAGCUCUGCCCGCCCUGCUGACACCUGUUAUUUUCGCUGUAGUGAUUGAGAUCUUGAUGCCAUUAGCCCAGAAUGAGCAGGCAGCAGGCGGGCGCCAGACGCCCAGAUCACCUGUCCAGAUGGGCGGCAGAACGGAAGCCUGCGUGGGCACCAGGGACACAGGGACAAACAGGAAAGACAGGGUCCUUGCCUUCUUCAAGUUCCUUGUUCUGAGUCAUUUUGCCGUUGGUGAUUCGGACCUCAGGAAGUUCCAGCUGAGCUCUCAGUCUUCCAAGCAGUGUGCUGUGUCCAAGCCUGUCUGUGGCUUUGACGAGGGUGUGGGGGAUUUCCCUCCAAGGCUUCUGACCCCUGACAGCAUCUCCAAGGUCAUGCCCCAGGUGCAGGGAUGGGAAUCAGCACAAGAGUGUGGCCUCCAGAUAAAGCCAAGACUCAGGUUUUUUGGUGCAGACCUAGAGUCCCUGCGCCCUCCCUGCAGGCGGAAGCCUUUUGCAGGCAGUACGGGCUGGCAGAGACUGGAGGACACCAUCCUGAGUCCCACAGCCAGCAGGGAAGACCGGGCGCUGACCGUGCGUGGGGAAGGCCGGCGGGCCUCGCCCACCCCCGUCCCCACCCGCAUCCGUGAGAUCGUGGCCAGCAGCCUGAGUGAGGAGCCACCCCAAGGUGACGGUGUGGGGGACAGUCCUGGGCCCGGGGAUGGCCAAGGUGACAGCGUGGGGGACAGUCCUGGGCCCGGGGCUGGCCCCACCCCCCACAGGGCCACCCUCAGGGGCAUCACAUCACUACCCCCAGGGCACUCAGCAGGGCCUGAGCAGGGCUCAGGGGUACAGGAGCCGACAGCCACCGUGGCCCGAGUGCAAGAGGAGAACGAGCUCCUGCAGGAGGAGCUGACCCGGCUGGGGGACCUGCUGGCCCAGGCCAGCGCCGAGCGAGAUGAGCUGGCCAGCAGGUGCCGUGUGGUCAGCGAGCAGCUGCAGGCCCGGCUGGAGACCACCGAGGCUCAGCUGCGGAGGUCGGAGCUGGAGCACAGCAUGGAUCUGGAGGAGGCCCUUGGCCGUCUGGAGGCUGCCGAGGAGAGGAGCACCGGCCUCUGCCAGGUGAAUGCGCUCCUGCGGGAACAGCUGGAGCACAUGAAGAAGGCCAACGACGCGCUGGGCCGGGAGCUGGCCGGGAUGACGGGCGGCGUGCAGCGCCUGCAGGGCGAGCUGGAGCUGAGGCGCUGGGCCCAGAGACAGCCCUCCAGCAAAGGGGGCCUGGAUGCCCAGCCCCUGCACGCUACGGGCACCACGGGCAAGGAAUUCCCCCGGAAGACGUUGCCUCCACAGACGUCCCUCAGACAAACCCGGCCAGGGGGCCUGGGGCAGCCCCGGGACCUCCUCCUCCUGUGGAGACAGGCCGUGGUGCUGGGGACAGACCUGGCCGAGCUGCGUGCAGCCACUGAGAGGGGCCUUGCUGACCUGCAGGCAGACACGGCCAGGACAGCCCGCCGCCUGCACACCGCCUGCCUGAACCUUGACUCCAACUUGCGGCUGUCGGCCAGCAGCACGGCCAGCACCCUGGGGCAGCAGCUUCGCGACAAGGUCGGGGAGAUGCUGCAGCUGCAGGGCCGCUGGGACACAGAGAAGGUGGCGCUCCAGGCCAGACUCUCGGAGCAAACGCAGCUGGUGGAGAAGCUUACGGAGCAGAAUGAGCAGAAGGCGAAGACCAUCGCUGCCCUCAGAACCGACCUGCAGAACCUGGUUGGUGGGCGGGACGGGGGUGGCUGUGUGGCAGGGGCGACCCAGGAGGACGCCCGGUGCCUGGAGCUGGCAGGGAGCAGCAUCACUGAACUGGGGGAGCCACGGCGCCCGCUGAGGAGCCCCCAACGUACCACAUCCCCCCAUCAAGGGGUGUCUCCACCACACACCUGCUCCCCAGCCGCCCUGGAUCCCGCACUGCAGGCCGUGCGGGCAGCUGUAGAGAGGCGGUGGCAGCGGGAACAGGGGAGGGGCCCCAGGGAGGGGGUGUCCUUUCUGGGGAGUCGUAAGCCCUAGUGGGCCUCAGUGGGCAAAGCCUGCCUAGGCCAGAGAGACCCACACCGCACCCCACCCGAGCAGGAGCUGUGCCUGCAGCUGAAGUCCUCCCAGGCACUGGUGGCCGGGCUCCGGGAGCAGCUGUCCGAAAGCCGGCGGGAGCUGUGGGCCGCACAGAAGCUCCAGCAGGAGCAGGCUCGGGAGCAGGCACAGGAACGAGAGACCCUUCGGGGCCAGCUGGAGGCCCAGAGGCUCGAGGUGCAGCAGUGCCGGGCGUCCUGCAAGCUCCUGGGGAGGGAGAAGGCUGCUCUGGAGAUGGUGGUGGAGGAGUUGAAAGGGAAGGCAGACGCUGCAGAUGCGGAGAAGCAGGGGCUGGAGGCCGAGGCCGCAGAGCUGCAGAGAAGCCUCCUGCUGCAGGCAGAGCAGAGGGAGGAACUGGCUCUGCGGAGGGAGCGGAGCUGCAAGGCACUGGAGACUAGUCAAGGCCGCCUGCAGCAGCUGGAGGAGAAGGUCUCCGGGCUCAGAGAGGAGCUGGCAUCAGCCCGGGAGGCACUGAGCACAGCGCAGCUGCAGCGGGAUGUCGUGGAGAGUGAGAGGGAGGGACUGCGCAGCGCCCUGGCACGGGCCGAGUGCAGCAACGUGGACCUGGAGCUUCUUGUGAGGCGGCUGAAGUCGGAGGGAGUAGAGCAAAGGGACUCCCUGGCCGCAAUGGCCGCCUUGAUGGAGGGGCUGGCUCAGGACAAAAGUGCCCUGAACCACCUGGCUCUCCAGCUGGAGCAGGAGCGAGACCAGCUGCGGGAACAACGGAAGACUCUGGAGCAGGAGCACGCCCGGGCCGGGGAGCAACUGGCACAGGCAGAACAGCAGCUGGCGCUGGAGCGGGCAGAGCGCAGGGGCCUGCAGCAGGCCUGCGGACGCCUGGAGCAGCAGCAGGAGCAGCUAGAGGGGAAGGCAGCCCUGCUGGGGCGAGAGAAGGCCCGGCUCCAGGAGCAGGUGGGCCAGGUCACAUGCCAGAAACAGGCCCUGGAGGAGCAGCUGGCUCAGAGCCUGCAGGACUGGGAGGCCCAAAUGGACACUCUGCAGCAAGCCCUGCAAGGAAAGGAUGCUCUGUCUGAGGAGCGGGCCCAGCUGCUGGCCAAGCAGGAGGCCUUGGAGAGGCAGGGCCGGCUCGCAGCUGAAGAGGCAGCUGAUCUCAGGGCAGAGAGGGACUCCCUGGAGAGCAGCCUCCUCGAGGCCCAACAGCUGGCCACGAAGCUGCAGGAGCAGCUGGAGGAGGAGGCCCGGAGCGCAGGACUCGCUCGGCAGGCCUUGCAAGUGGAAAUGGAGCAGCUACAAAGUGACUGGGAGGUCCAGGAGAUGAAGCUGCGGCAGGACACGGGGCGGCUCCAGCAACAGGUGGCACAGAAGGAGCGAGAGGCACAGCGGGCCCUGGAGAGCCAGGCGUCGGCCCACCGCGAGGCCCUGGCACAGCUCCAGAGGGAGAAGGAGACCCUGAGCCUGACCCUGGCAGAGGAGAAGGAGGUAGCCAGAUGCCAGCUGGAGCAGGAGAAGGACCUGGUGACAAAAAGUGCAGCCGAGAGGGAGGCUCUGAAGGAGGAAAUUCAGAGCCUGAAGCAGGAGCGAGACGAGAGCCUUCUCCAACUGGAGCACAAGAUGCAACAGGUGAUGCUUUGUUCUUCUGUUUCUGGGCUGCAUGCUGAGUUGCCAGGACUGGGUCUCUGCGCUGUUCUUCCUUCCAUGGGCGUCUGGGUGGCCUCCAGCUUUGUUGUCGUUACAACAAUGUCACAGACAUUGGUGACACUGCGCAUAGGUCAGCCCACACAGGCCCUGUCCCUGAAAGAAACAGAGCAGAGCCUUCUGAGCGAGGAGCUCUCCAGGGCCAGGAGGACACUGGAGCGGGUACAGCAGGAGGCACAGAGCCAGCAGGAGCGAGCGCAGGCCACCAUCAGUGCCACGACUGAGGAGCUUAAGGCCCUCCAGGCCCAGUUUGAGGACGCCAUCACGGCCCAUCAGAGGGAGACCACGGCCCUAUGCAAGAGCCUCCGGGACCUAGCGGCCGAGCGGGGAGAUGUGGAGAGAGAGGCCGAGAGGCUUCGAGCACAGCUGACCGUGGCCCAGGAGGGACUGGCUGCACUGCGCCAGCAGCUGCAGGGCGUCGAGGAGAGCCAGGAGGGGCUGCACAAGGAGGCCCAGGAGGCCCGCCGGGCGCUGAGCGACGAGGCCCGCGAGAAGGACGUACUGUUGCUUUUUAACAGCGAGCUGCGGGCCACCAUCUGCAGGGCCGAGCAGGAGAAGGCCAGUUUUAAGCGGUCCAAGGAGGAGAAGGAGCAGAAGCUGCUCGUCCUGGAGGAGGCCCAGGCGGCGUUGCAGCAGGAGGCCAGUGCACUGCGGGCCCACCUGUGGGAGCUGGAGCAGGCGUUGGGGGACGCCCGUCAGGAGCUCCGGGAACUCCACAGACAGGUGAGGACACUGAAGGCCGAGAACCAGAAGAGGAGCGGAGAGGCCCAUGAGCUGCAGAUGCAGUGCUCGCAGGAGGUGCUGGAGCUGCGGAGGCAGGCAGCCAAGGCGGAGGCCAAGCACGAGGGUGCCCGGAAGGAGGUCCUGGGACUGCAGAAGAAGUUGGCAGAGGUGGAGGCUGCAGGGGAGGCCCAUGGACAGCGGCUCCAGGAGCACCUCCGUGAGAGUCGGGGGGCUGAGCAGACCCUCCGAGCAGAGCUGCACAGUGUCACCAGGAAGCUGCAGGAAGCCAGUGGUGUGGCUGAUGCUCUCCAGGCUCGCCUGGACCAGGCUUGUCACCGAAUCCACAGCCUGGAGCAGGAGCUGGCCCAGGCUGAGGGUGCAAGGCAGGAUGCAGAGGCCCAACUGGGCCGGCUGUGCUCCACACUCUGCCGUGGCCUGGGGCUCCAGAGACAGAGCCCGUGGGCCUCCCCGGAGCAGCCUGGUUCUCCCACCAAAGGCUCCGAUGGCUCCCAGGCUCUCCCUGGGCAACAGGGUGCCAGCCCCCCAGCCAGGCCCCACUCGGCCCUCCGAUGGCCGUUGCCCACACCCAGAGGCCGCAGCUCAGAGCUCAUGGAUGUGGCCACCGUGCAGGACGUCCUGCGGGACUUUGUGCAGAAGCUCCGGGAGGCCCAGCGGGAGCGGGAUGACUCCCGUGUCCAGAUGGCGACCCUGAGCAGCCGGCUGAGCGAGGCAGAGUGCAGGUGUGCCCGGGCCCAGAGCCGCGUGGGGCAGCUGCAGAAAGCCCUGGCUGAGGCGGAAGAAGGCCGGCGCCAGGUGGAGGGCGCACUGAGCAGCGCCCGGGCAGCACGUGCCCUGCAGAAGGAAGCGCUCCGCAGGCUGGAGUUGGAGCACCUGGCGAGCAUGCGUGCAGCAGGCCAGGAGAAGCGGCGGCUGCAGGAGCAACUGGACAUGCUGCACCAGGCCCUUGACGAGAGCAGAAGGCACAGCCAAGGCCUGGCCAAGAAGGGGAAGCUGCUGGAAGAACAGCUCACCAACUUGGAGCACAGGUGCCAGAAGGCUGAGGGAUCGCUGGAGCCCCUGCAACAGGUGCUCUGUCGGCCGCAGAGGCUCAGCGGCGGGCAGGAGGCGGCUGAGGCGCAGGCGGAAAGGCGCGUCCUGCAGGAGCAGACGGCGGCGCUGCGCACCGAGAGGGCGCGUCUGCAGGGGGAGCUCGCGGCGCUGCGCGCUCAGCUCGCACAGUGUCUGAGCCCAGCUUUGCUGGAAACCGAGUGGCCUGACACACCACACACCCCAGAGCCCCAGAGGCCCCUGCUCAUGGUGGAGAUAGCCCCUCCCCUGGGGUGUGCCCUGUGGCUGGAGCAACAGCCGCAGAGUGGCCGCCGAGAUCAAGGAGAGCCAGAGGUCAAGAUGGAGCAAGAGACACUGAAGAGGGAGGAGGAUGUGGCGAGGCUGGGAGCUGACAAGGAGCAGCUGGACCAGUCUCUGAACAGCCUGCAACAGGAGGUGGAUGGAGCCCUGAGGCAAAAUCAGCAGCUGCAGGCCCAGAUGCUGGAGAUGGAGCAGGCCCACACCCAGCGGCUCCAGGACCUGACAGCUCAGCACCAGCCGGACCUGGCCACAGAGGCAGAGCGUCUGCAUGGGGACCGGCCGCAGGCCACACAAGCCCUGGAGUCCCAAGAAUGGACCCACCAGCAGUGGGUGAAGGUGCUGGAAGAGCAGGUGGCCAGCCUGAAGUAGCAAAAGGACCAGGAAGUGCAGCGGCGGCAACAGGACCACCUCAGCCAGGCCUUCCAGACAGGACACUCUGUAAACACGGGAAAACACGUGGGAAACAUUUCCACCAACCGGAGCCAAAAACAUAAUGUCCUGCAAAGCCAGCCACCACAUCCCCACGCCCAGCGGCUGCGAGCCUCUGCAUCCAGGAACUGCGGCCGUCACGGUGGCAGGUGGCUGGAAGUGACUCAGAUUCAAGUCCCCGUGACUCACUGGCCGCCAGAAGAAGGGGAGUGUAACACUUAAAGCUGUUACAGAGCCUCCCAUGUUCCUGGCCUGGAAACCCUGGGAACUGUCCUGCAGGACUCCAGCCGGGUUGCUAUGGAGACCCAGGCGGACAUCUUGGGCCUGUGGCGUGGGCCACCUGUGUCCAUCUGCACUCCUCGUCUCCAUCACCAUUGCUCAGAGUGACUUGUUCUCCUCUCCAAAGGGCUGCAUGCUUUAUAAGUGGUCAUUUGUGAUAUCUGUGGGGCACCAGCCAGCCCAGUGAAUCCCUGCAUGUACCGCAGGGGCCUCCCAUCCUGGUCGCAAGGACUCUGGCCUAAGGGUACAAGGCCAGAGGCUCCCGGCCCCCACCCCAUCACAGUUACUGUGAGCCUUGGCUGAAUGUGCAACAGUGUCUAUUUCAAGAUCACUCUGGGACUUAAAAUAGUCUGUCCUGGCACACCUGGUUUUCUGGUGGAUUUAGUAAUGGAGUUACCAUAUGCUGUAAAUCGUGCAAAAUCAAUAGCUAAAGAGAGGUGGGCAUAUAGGCUCCUUCCUGUCUGUCACCUCUGCCUGAUUGUUGGUGGCUGUGUUGAGAAGGAUUCUGAGGUUCAGCCUGGGCUCUGAGGGGAAGAGCUUGGUGACCCAUGAGCGGAUGUUACUCUGGGCAAAGGAGGAGUCAGUGUGGCACAGGUGCCCCAAUAGGCACCCUCUGCUGUGGCCAGUCAGGGGUGGAGGACAGCAGGCAGGCCUGCCCCCACUGCUGGAGAGCUCUCUGCCAGAUGGCGGGUGGAGGGGGUCACUGAGAGGCAGCGUGUGGUGCUCAGGGCCUGGCACUUAGUAGGCAUGUCCCUUCCCUGCUUUCCCUCCCCAUCCGCAGUCUCCUCAUAGAGGGGGCCUCCCACUCCGCAGCCCAGCAGAAGGACCUGAGGGAUGGCCAGGGUGCGAGGGAGGAACAGAAGUUCAAGGUUCCCAGUUGUGGGCAGGAGACUCAGCAUCGGUCCCUCCAGCCCCCGGCAGCGGGAGCCCCCAUGUGUCCCCGGGAAUGCGGUGUCCACGCCUCCCUCUUUGCAUCCCUGCAGCGCCCAAAGGUACCGAAGCUCCCAGCACAGGAGAGGCGUCCAGCGCGGCUGCAGAGGAAGGGAACGCACAGCAGGUGGGAGGGGCCCAGGUGAUUUCUUAGUAUCACAAUGAAAGGCACCCGUGAUGAGACAGCUCGCUCUCUGGCAGUUUAAGGACCCUCCUUGCCCUAGCUGCUCAUGGGGAACAUUUGAAAUGUGGGGGCCUCAGAAUUUUGAAUUUUAACAAAUAGUCAAAUCAGCAUAGGAGAUGCUAUUUUAACUUAUUCAACAUAAAGACAUGUAUUUAGGAAAAGAGGAUUUUUCUAGUGGAAAUACAUUGGCAUUUUCUUAAACAUG